UAAUUGUGUUUAAAUGGUAAUUUUGAGAAAAUUGUCAUAUUAAAAAAGCGCCAACAGUAACCAAUAAGCAUACUUGAAUUCUAAAUAAUAUUCACUCUAGAACCAAUGCAUGCGCAGUAUUAGUUUGCAGUUGGGUUGGGAUUUUCAGCCUCGUGUUCUCGUGUAGAGAGUAAAGAGAGUUCAUAUAUUAAACGGCCAUAUGCGUCCGAAUUGCUCAAAGUGAUUUUAACGAAAAAAAAGAUAUAUUGAACGUGGCUUUUCAAGUAAAAAUUGUAAAAUAGUAUUUAUUACGAAUACUAUCCAAAUUUCUUUUCACCAAUUAAUUUGUCCCAGUGAAAUAAGCAAAUUUAACGCGUCAAAACGUGAUCGAUUCAUCCAAAGUGUAGUAAUAUUAAAAUCAGGAGGAAAAAAAAAACUCGUUUUUGUUAUGCAUGAUAUUGCAUAUUGAUUGUUUUUUAAAUAACUUUGUCACGCUACGUAAUGCUGUUAAUGAAAUAAAAAGGGUAUAAUAAAAGCGAAAACUGAGACAUUUUGCUGAAAAAAAGAAUUUUUUUUACCGGCUCAUUAAUCGACAUUAAGAACUCUCUGAAGAUUGGUUAUUGUAAAAAUGGCGUCUGACUCACAGAAGAAUCGCUUGAUGGUAUUCAAGAACAAAGGCAAGGAUCAAGAUGAAAUGCGAAGAAGAAGAAAUGAGGUGACAGUUGAACUUAGAAAAAAUAAACGUGAUGAAACACUUCAGAAGAGAAGAAAUGUACCAGUGACAGAUUCCACAGAUGAGGAUGAUAUUGAUAAACAAUUGUCGAAAAUGAAUUUGGAGGAAUUAGUUAUGAAAGCUGGUAGUGCAGAUCCAGUGGAACAAUUACAAGCGGUACAAUCAGCAAGAAAAUUACUUUCUUCAGAUCGUAAUCCACCAAUUGAUCCAUUAAUAGAGAGUGGUAUUCUGCCAAUAUUAGUUCGUUGUUUGGAACAACACGACAGCCCGUCUUUGCAAUUCGAAGCUGCUUGGGCCCUCACGAAUAUUGCCAGUGGAACAUCUGCUCAAACGCAGGCAGUUGUUGCGGCCGGCGCCGUCCCUCUCUUUUUACAUCUUUUACUCUCAAGUCAACAGAACGUAUGUGAACAGGCUGUUUGGGCUUUAGGAAAUAUUAUUGGUGAUGGUCCAGUUCCACGAGACUAUGUAAUAAGUCUUGGUGUUGUACAACCAUUGCUUACAUUUAUUAAGCCCGAUAUACCGCUCACUUUUCUUCGCAAUGUCACUUGGGUUAUUGUUAAUUUAUGUCGAAACAAAGAUCCUCCGCCUCCUGUUCAAACAAUUAAGGAUAUUUUGCCAGCACUCAAUAUGUUGAUUCAUCAUACGGAUAUCAAUAUUCUCGUCGAUACUGUUUGGGCAUUGAGUUAUUUAACAGACGGUGGUAAUGAACAAAUUCAAUUGGUCAUUGACAGUGGCGUUGUACCACGAUUAAUUCCAUUAUUAUCACACAAGGAAGUUAAAGUGCAAACCGCUGCAUUGAGAGCAGUUGGUAAUAUUGUAACUGGUACCGAUGAACAAACUCAAGUUGUCCUCAAUUGUGAUGCAUUGUCACAUUUCACGAAUUUAUUGACACAUCCAAAGGAGAAAAUUUGUAAAGAAGCCGUUUGGUUCCUAUCGAAUAUCACCGCCGGUAAUCAAACACAAGUUCAAGCCGUUAUCGAUGCCGGACUAUUGCCACACAUUAUUCGUAAUUUGUCCAAGGGAGAAUUCCAAACGCAAAAGGAGGCUGCUUGGGCAAUUAGUAAUUUGACGAUAAGUGGAACAAGGGAACAAGUAUCACGGCUCAUUCAAGAAGGAGUUAUUUCGCCUUUCUGUGAUCUUCUCUCGUGUAAAGACACACAAGUCGUUCAAGUUGUACUCGAUGGAAUUCAUAAUAUGCUCAAACUUGCCGGUGCCCAAGUUGAACAAUUGGCAAAUAUGAUUGAAGAAUGUUCCGGACUUGAUAAAAUUGAAGCAUUGCAAAAUCAUGAGAAUGUUGAUAUUUACAAAUUGGCGUACGAUAUUAUUGAACAAUAUUUUGCAGAAGAGGCGGACGAUGUGAACGUUGCACCACAAGUGGGAGAAUCAUCAUAUCAAUUUGAUGUUCAGCCAAAAAUUUCAAACGAAGGAUUUCAAUUCUGAGAGGCUACGUGUUUUUUCCAAUUGGAUUGUGCCGUCCCUUGACAAACUCCAUCACGGAGCCAUUCUGCUUCCCCAAACCCCCCCUAUCCCUUCCUUUUUCCAUACUAUCCUUUUUUUCCAAUGACUCCCACACAUCUAAAUGCGAUCAAAAUAAAGGAAAAAAAAAAAAAAAAAUCGCGGCACUGUCGCUACACAGUAAUUGAACCAAGAACUUGGAUUUUUUAAAGGGUCAAAAAACGAAGGUGUCAGUGAAACAGUGGAUAAAGAAAGAGAAGAUGAAAAAAAACACGUACUAUCUUCAAUUGUGUUUCGAAAAAAAAAAAAAUGAAGAAAGAGAGCAAUAUGAAACAAUUAAAAAGGAGCGACUAAUCAGAAAAAAAUCUAUCGUGUUCUUUUGUUGUUUUUUCUUCCAAAAAAAAAGGAUUUGUACAACAUUUUAUUUUUUGUGUAUAAUCAUAAAAAAAACAAGUCUUAACAAGAUGCUGCUGUGAAUGACUAAAUUAUGUUUCGUUUUUUUUUCUUUUUUUUAAAAAAGAAAAAGCAUUUAUUGUUGUGUAUUUUUACAUAAUUUUUUUCUAAUAUUUUUGCAAUGCGUACGAAUUGCAGUUAUUAAAUUCAAGGCAGCAUUAUUCGACUUGGGAGUCAAAGGAUUUGCGAAGCGAAAAAAGAAAGAAAAAAAAAACUUUCUUUUUUUUUUUCUUAUUACGUUUCGCUAAACGGUGGAUAUUUUACUUGUAGUCGAUAUUUGAAUGCCUUUAGAGAGAAAGAAAGAGGGAGAGAAAAAGAAGAUUUUCUUAUUUAAAAAAAUAAACGUAACAUACGAAAGUAAAACCAAAAAAAAAAAUUAAUUUUUUUUUUUUUUUGCACAAGCUGCUCCCUGACUAAUUCGAAGAGUCGAGUCUUGGUUCAGAAUGUUACAUUUAUAAACAAUUCGUGUAUAUUUUAGGCAUGUUAAAUUUAUAAUAUUGACUACUAUAAAUAAAUCGAUUGACUACUCUUUAGUAGUGAUAAUUAAUUAAUUAAUUAAUUAAAUAAUAACGAACGUUCUGUAAGAAAGAGCAGCAACAAUAAAAAAAUGUAGCUUACAUUUGGACAAUGA